GUGACCUACCCCAACAUGCUCUCCUUCUUCGAGGAACUAGAGGUGGCAAUAGAGCCCUCCGACAUGUCCUUUUCAGUGUCGGUACCGCGCUGCGAGUGGGGCAGCAACGGCCUCUCCGGCCUCUUUGCUUCGCGCCGCAACGCCUUCCGGCCCUCCUUCUGGCUCAUGCUGCGAGAGAUGACGGUUUUCCAUGAAGAUGUUCUCAAGUACCUCGCCAAAGUCGAAGCCUCCGGAGUGCUGCAGAGGCAGUCAGUUGUGCUCAACGGCAGCAGUAGCAGCAACGGCGCCGUACCAUCACCAGCGACACCAGCAGGCAGCAGCGACCUACUCACAGAGACGUUGGGGCAGUUCCUGAAGGACCGCGGCUACUCCUCCAUGUUCUGCGACUGCUACCUGCUCCCAGUGUGCGCCUCUAUAUGGUCAACCGGGAUAGAUGGCGCCAGGAGCUUCAACGCCUUCUCCGUGCUUUCCUUCCUCAAGAACCACCACAUGCUGCAGCUGCUUGGCAGACCACAAUGGCUGACUGUCUCAGGGAGAUCCCAGACCUACGUGAAGAAGGUGAUGGCGGCCGUGGAAGCCCGAGGGGGUGCCUUCCGCACCAACACGGAAGUGACUGGGGUGCAGAGCCUGGGCGAGGAAGCUGUGGAAGUGCGUUUAGGGGACGGAACAUCAGAGCGCUACGACCGGGUGGUGCUGGCAGUGCAUGGCGAUACCGUGCUGCCGCUGCUGGGGGAAGGAGCCAUGCAUGAGGAACGGCGGGUAUUCUCUGCCUUCAAAUACGCCACCAGCACCAUCUUUCUGCAUCGAGAUAAGUCCCUCAUGCCCACGAGAAGGGCCGCCUGGAGUGCGUGGAAUUUCAGAGGAGUGGACGCCAAGGGAGGGGUGUGCGUCACUUACUGGCUCAACACACUGCAGAACCUAGGAGACACAGACGAACCCAUCCUGGUGACUCUGAACCCACCAUCGGAGAUCAAGGGCAUGGUGCACCACCAGUGGGUUACCUCCCAUCCGCUCCCCACCACGGCCGCCACGGCUGCUGCUAGACUGCUCCCCACCGUGCAAGGAAGAAGGGGAAUCUAUUUCUGUGGGGCAUAUCUCGGAUAUGGCUUCCAUGAAGAUGGGUUCAAGGCUGGUCUGACUGCAGCCAACGCUCUCCUCGGUGCCAGCAGCAGCCCAGCCCUGCAGCUGCAGCGCAACACACCCCAGAUGCUCCUCCCGCUGCACUUUCAGGCCGCCAAGGCUGCAGUGCUCUCCUUCCUGCGCCCCUUCAUUCACCUCGGCUCCGUGCAAUUGUUGGAGCGAGGAGGCACGGUGUACCGGUUUGGGAGACAAGGUCCCAAGCUGGACUGUCAGAUGACCGUGCAUUCGCCCGCUUUUUAUUGGAAGGUGGCAACACGUGCUGACCUGGGAUUGGCCGAUGCCUUUGUGGAUGGAGACAUCUCCUUCCCUCAGGGCUCCAGAGGGCUGCUCAAGUUCCUCGAGAUCGUGAUUGCGAAUCGGGAUCGCAACAACCAACCCGGCCAGCGACCCGCAAAAAAAAAGGGGUGGUGGCGGCCUGCGCUGCUGACAGCAGUGGUGGGGUCAGCAGCUCUGUAUGCGAGACACCUGUUGCGAUUCAACAACCUCACCAACGCACGGCGUAACAUCUCCAACCACUACGACCUGAGCAACGGCAUGUUCCAGACCUUCCUAGACGAGACCAUGACCUACUCAUGCGCCAUCUUCCAGCGACCAGAGGAGCCGCUAGUGGAUGCACAGCUGCGCAAGUUGAGGCGCCUCAUUGCCAAGGCGCGCAUAGACUCGUCUCACCACGUGCUUGAGAUUGGGUUCGGGUGGGGAAGCUUGGCUCUGGAGACGGUCAGCAUUACGGGGUGUCGCUACACGGGCAUCACGCUCUCCUCGCAGCAGCUGCAACUCGCCACAGAGAGAGUCAAGGCUGCUGGCUUGCAGGAUCGAAUCAACUUCAUGCUCUGUGACUACCGCAACCUGCCAGGGACGGGCAAAUUCGACCGUAUCCUCUCAUGUGAGAUGCUAGAGGCGGUGGGUCACGAGUACCUGGGCGAUUUCUUCCACCACUGCGACCGCUUGCUCGCAAUGGACGGACUCCUGGUUGUUCAGGUGAUCACCACGCCAGAGAGUCGCUACGAAGAGUACCGUCUGUCCUCCGACUUUAUCAAGGAGUACAUCUUCCCCGGCUGCUGCGUGCCCUCCCUCUCUGCUCUCACCGACGCCAUGGCCAAGAACUCCGCCUUCAG